GAAUGGUUUGAUGCCUCGUGCCAUCAGCGUCUAAUUCCGAUUACCGACAACCUCACUUUGUUAUCUUCACAUUCCCAAGGACACAAGGUAUUUCCAGGUGGAACAAUAACUUGUUAGAGGCUGAAAUUAAAAUGCCUACUAAGCGUCCUUCAUUGGUCACUCAGAAAGGGCCGAAUUCAUUCAAAAAACCAAGAGGUAAUCAUGAUGAUACCCCGGAGCCUUCGAAGUUCGAGCAAGAAUUAAUGUUGUUGGAUGAUAUUGAAACUGAAGAUAUAGCUUUAGUAGACGAAAGUUCUGCUUUAUCUCAUUUGGACUUUCUGACAAAUUCGCAUUGGCCAAGACGUAAACUAGAAAAGUUGGAUCCAAAAAAAGACAAUAUAAUUUUUCAACAGUUUGAUGUGUCACAUUAUAAGGUUAGUUUGUAUUAAACGCCAAAUAUA